CUUUGAGGCUGAACGUUAACUAACCCCCACGUGGGGUGGGACUUAUCUAACAGCUGACUAAGCUGUGUGGUUGAGCCGCAGGCGCCGGAAAAAGAAAAAAACUCCAAAACAUCAAACAUCAAACCUCAUCCUCACCACCUGAAGUUCACACAACCAGCUUCUCCUGUUCCCUCAAUUGCCUCUACUUCCACCCAAUUCCAUUAAUUGAGUUCACCAUGUUCUCCCUGAGAACUGCGCAACCAGCGCAGUCUCUUUUCCGCACUGUCGCAAAAACCUCCUCCACAUCUCUCCCUCGAUCUGCAAUUGCUGCUAGAUCAUUCGCUACCAUCCAGUCGAACAUCUUCAAGCCUACCAAAUAUGGUGGCAAAUACACAGUCACACUGAUCCCAGGUGACGGCAUUGGCGCGGAAGUAGCGGAAUCGGUGAAGACAAUCUUCAAGGCUGAUAACGUACCAAUUGAGUGGGAGCAGGUCGAUGUUAGCGGUGUAGAUGCUGGAAAUAAACAUUCGGAAGAUCUGUUCAAGGAAUCCAUUGCCUCGCUGAGAAGGAACAAGCUUGGUCUCAAGGGUAUCCUUCACACACCAGUUGAGCGAUCAGGCCAUCAAUCAUUCAACGUCGCCCUGCGCCAGGAACUAGAUAUAUAUGCGUCUAUUGUUUUGAUUAAGAACAUCCCCGGUUACAAGACCAGACACGACAAUGUCGACCUGUGCAUUAUCCGUGAAAACACUGAGGGUGAAUACUCCGGCCUUGAGCACCAGUCUGUUAGUGGUGUCGUCGAAUCCCUCAAGAUCAUUACCCGUGCCAAGUCUGAACGAAUUGCCAAAUUUGCGUUUAGCUUUGCUCUCGCCAACAACCGCAAGAAGGUCACCUGCAUCCACAAAGCCAACAUCAUGAAACUCGCCGAUGGCCUUUUCCGCUCCACAUUCCACAAAGUUGCUGAGAGCUAUCCAACCCUGGAAACCAAUGACAUGAUUGUGGAUAACGCAUCUAUGCAAGCAGUUGCUCGUCCUCAGCAGUUUGACGUCAUGGUCAUGCCUAACCUUUACGGAGGCAUCCUCUCCAACGUUGGAGCUGCUCUCGUCGGUGGGCCAGGGAUCGUACCUGGCUGCAAUAUGGGUCGCGAAGUGGCUGUGUUUGAACCAGGAUGUCGACACGUUGGACUCGAUAUUAAGGGCAAGGACCAAGCUAACCCCACAGCUCUGAUUCUCUCUGGUUCCAUGCUCUUACGACACUUGGGUCUUGAUGAGCACGCCAACAGAAUCUCCAAGGCAGUUUAUGACGUGAUCGGAGAAGGUGUCACCCGCACACGCGAUAUGGGUGGCCAAGCCUCCACUCACGAAUUCACCCGUGCCGUCCUCGAUAAGAUGGAAGCAGCGCUUUAAACAGCGUAACUCAGCAAAACCGCACGUCCACUAAACCAAAUGUAUCUGUACUUAUCCCUUCCUCCCCAACAGACCCCAACCCCCAGAGUAAAUCGAACAAGGAAAAAAAAAACAAAAAGAAAAAAGAAAUCCCUAGAUAGACAAUCGCAAAGGUUGGGAUAACAACUGUGAGAAGGCCGAACCAACACCUAACCCAUCUUAAAAGGUCCACGCUUCCACUCGCCAAUAUGCCCGAGAGGCUUGAAAUCCGAGAACGAUUUGCUUUUAUCCCUCGUUUCUUUCUCCUUUUGUUAAAAUCUUCAAACCCAAAAUUUCACCUGGUCGUUUUCUGCUUUGGCUUGCCUUGUCUUGCAUAGCGAUUAGACAUUUACCUUCCUCCCUACCCUUUCCCCUCCCCUCCCCUUCCCCAGGAACCCACCUCCCUUCCCAAUAUCUCUGCAAUUGAUGUAUCAAUCGUAAGAGAAACAGGACUGGGGAGGUGGAACUGGGGACUAGACCCAAAAAAAACUCAAAAUCGACUCAAACAACCAAAGACCCUAUUCAUUUUCUCCAUGUUCCUUGAUUGAUUCCUUUCCCCUUUAUCAGUCUGCCCCCUUAUCCCAAGUUAGCUUUCACGCAAAAACGUAACGCAAUGUAUAACUGUACAUGUACGUCAGCACGACUUUUGCCCUCCUGCCUGCAUUAUGUUUUCAUUUUCUUCAUGCUUCAUUGAUUUAUUUUCAGUCCCCGAUCAUGCUUGUCCAUAGAAAUUUCAUCUAUAUCACUGUUAACUGUACAUGAGAACCAUAUUUUCCUCUACAUUGUUUUUUCUUUCUCUUAUCUUUAUCACCUUAGAGUUCUUGGUUAUUUUUUCUCUUUGUAUGAAUUACAGAACCACGUACAAGAAAAUGCAAUUAAAGUAUCCGUUCAUUUUCUAUUUCUCAUAUUUAUUAACACGAGUUUUUGUCAGUGUAGCUAUUUUGCGUGGAAAUUUCCGUGGUGCUUCAUUUCUACGUGCAAUCUCUUCAUCGUUCCUCUUUCACUUAUCAAAAUCUAUUCAGUAAAUAAUGCGCAUCUAAGCAUGCACUCGUAUGCAGGUACACGUCCAGACUUCUAGCAGCACAUAGCCAACCAGAAUGUCACCACGAUAAAAAUAGAAGCAUAAAUCAUAUGAACAAAGGCAGCGGACCCUACUACCAAAUAAUGAAUCCAAACAGGUCCCUUCUCAGAAUCGCCUAUAUUCCUUGGCAUUCGUGUUUCCAGCAGAGUUUUCCCCCUUCCUUUAUUUGCAAGAAACAUGAAGACAAAAGCCUUAAAAAAAUAUUAAUUCUUUUGCAAUGGAAAAAGACUUUCGCCACGCUUUUUAUACUCCCAGCUAGGCACGAGGCGGCUAUGUAACAUUCGCCCUGGAUAACGCCCAUCGAACCGCUGACCCUUACUUUGGUUUAUUCAGAUCCUAUUCCGGAUAGGACAUAAAUAGGUCGAAGGUUUAAAAUGCUUCUCGGACUUUUUUAAGAGCCAGAGGCUCGGGAGCCGCAAGCGUGGAGGCGCUCAAUCAGUUUAUGGCUAUGGGGCGAAGGUGGUCGGGGACGGAAAAUUCAAUGGUUCGUAGACGAGGCUCAAGAGAAAGGGGACAAAAACAUGAUAAGCAAAACGUGGAAAACGGUGUAGGAGGAAUUUACCAGUCCAUUCCAUCCAUCCCAUCAGAUUCUUUGGCUGAUUGAGAUUGGUCAUCGCAUAGCGUGUAGAAUUUAAUGAAAUAGGACAUAUAUAUUGGCUAUAGGUUUUGUUUUAGUUUUCCUUGUUUUUUGAUUCGUAUUUAUUUUGCCUUUCAUUAUUCUCUAGCGUGUUGAGAAGUUAAUUGAUUCGCUAUUUGGUUGCCGUAGCCCUCUCCCUGCUUGCUUUUUAUUUCAUUUUGUCUUGGUGUAUUAAGUUUGGUUUUGGGCUGAUCUCUUGAAAGAUGUCUAUCUCAACGCUCCGGGCAUCGGGAUCUCUCCCUCUAUCCACGAUGGCGAAUAGAUAGGGAAAAAAUGUACCAUGUGUUUUGAGAGAUAUAAACAGAGUCGAAACUCGUAUCUUAUGAUAAU